GCCUUAGUAGCUCACUAUAUUACAAAUGGCCGCUGCUUCAGGAAACAAUAUCGAGAUCACGGGAAAAAGCAUAUCAUAUUUCUUAUUUUCUAAUCUAUGGUCGAAAUUUUUACACGUUUAAGUGCCCAAAAUUAGUGCUAUGCUGUCUCUAGACAAUAAUGAAUCUCAUGAGGAUAAGGACUCCGCUAAUGGCGAAUAUGGCACAUUUACAAGGAUGCCUUUUUACACUAUCAAAGAACAAUCAAAUGAAUGGACGUAUACAAUGAGAAGGGAUAUGCAGGAAAUAAUACCUGGGUUAUAUCUUGGCCCAUAUAGUGCAGCUAUCAAAUCACAACUACCGUGUUUAUUACAAUCUGGCAUAACCCAUAUAAUAUGUGUUAGGCAAGACAUAGAAGCAAAUUUUAUAAAGCCCAAUUUUCCGGAUAAAUUUAAGUAUCUUGUUUUGAAUAUUGCUGAUACAGCAACAGAAAAUAUUAUUCAACAUUUUCACAAGGUAAGAACAUUUAUUGAUGAAGCUUUAAACUCUGGAGGCCGAAUCUUAGUACAUGGUAAUGCUGGAAUAUCAAGAUCUGCAGCAUUAGUUUUAGCAUACCUUAUGGAAAAAUAUGGACUCUCCCAAACACGUGCAUAUACGAUUGUACAACAAAGAAGGUUUUGUAUAAAUCCUAAUGAAGGUUUCAUGGCGCAACUGAGAGAAUAUGAACCAAUAUAUCAAGCACAGCAAACAUCAAGACAUAGCUUAUUGACACAAAGAAUCAAAAGAACUAUCCAUCAAAUGGAUACUGAAAAAACAGAGGAUAAAUGUGAUACAAUGGAUAGUUGAUGUUUCUUUAGUAAAUGCUAAAGUUACCAAAAGACAUACUCUAAAUUAAAUGAAAAAAAAAUAAACUUCAUAAAAAGUAACGUUUUUUUACUUUGUCGCGUUUUGAAAAAUACCUAAACGUAUGGGCAUCUAAUAAAAUCAGGAGUCAUAUUAUUUAAUUUCUAAUAUAAUAUACAGAAAUUAAAAAUUUAUUGCAAUAUGAUUAUCUCUGUAUUAGAUAAAAUAAUUAUUCAUCUAGACAAACAAAAUACUACAGAUUUAAACAUUUCUCUUUUUAAACUAAUUUAUAACAACAUACAGGUUUUAAACAAUUUGUUUAACAUAAAUCCCCACUACUAACCUUACUUUUUAUUUAUUCAGCAUUUAAGUUUGUAGCACAUUAUGUAUUUAAAAAAUAAUCCAUUCGUUUUUUGUUGCUACAAUAUGAUAUUAUAUUUUUACAUUGCCAAUGUUCUAAUUUCAAUAAAAAUUGUAUGAAACUUUUUUUUAUCAUGUAUAUUAAGAUAAUUCAAAUUACAAAACAUAGAAAAUUAAAUUUUUUACUCUUAUAUUUUAUAUAUAUUUCAUACAACUUUUAUAAUAUGUAUAUUUUUCUUCAAAACUAGAAUUACAAUAGAUUCUGGAUUAAUAUUACCUAUUUGAUUCGUGCUGGAAUUAAUAUGCAAAUAAUAUCUUCAUUGUUCUCAUCUUUCAGUUGCCACUUUACAGUAACGCUGACCUGUAAUUUAAUGAUUUAUAGAAUUUACCAAUAAUGUAUUUGUAGCAAAUAUAGCUUAAUAAACUGUCACUCUAUAGUACCUUAGGAUAGGAUUUUAGCACCAUUAAUGUAUUUUUAUAGUGUAAUGUGGCAUCACCCUUCUUUAAGGGACAUUUAAUGCCAGAAUUAGGAUCUUGACAAGCAUCUGCAUUUGGCAAUGGGAAAGGUAUAGGAACAUCCAUCACAAUACCAUGCACAACUGCAUUAACUUUUGAAACAUCUUUAUCUGCAAAAUUAUGUUUAAUUUUUUAACUGUUUUGUGUUUGAAAGCAAACAGACAAAAAGAAAUAGACAUCUUAUGUGAACAUACUAACCAACUGUAAAAUCAAUAUUAAUUGUUGCAUUUGUAUUUGGUAUUAAAUCACAUACAGAUUUAUUCAUAUCACAGUCCAGAGUUACAGACGUAAAUUUUCCCACUUUCGAGCCUGUACGAAGAAAAUUGUAUUAUCAAUAAUUGUUAUUAUCUCACUAACAUAUUCUUACACUGUUUCGAAUGAGAGUCGUUUGCACAUAUUUAUAUACAUGUACAAAAUUAUGUUGAUAAUUUUAUUUAUUAUGAUUAGUCGUAUGUACACCGUUUAUGUAAACAAAUUUUCACAUUGACAAUUAUAGAGAAGAUGUAGGCUCAUGACUUUGAAUUUCUGAGACAAGAAUUUCCGCCAUUUUUACGAUCAUAUAUUAUUACAUCAAUUGUAUGCUACUUAACCGAUAAUUAAGUGGUAUUCCAUUCAAUAAAGUGUGUUUUCUUAAAAUGAAAUAA